CGAGGACUUGCAGUUCUACCAUAUCCAUUAUGCUCAUAUAAUUGAUAUAAUCACGUUGAGAGAUGCUCAGUAAUGAUAUACCAAGAUCCAAGUGUAUAACAUCAAGUUGAUUAAUGCUGAAGGCUUGGGCUAUGCACAGUAUACAUAGAGAGAUCACCUUAUAUAGAAACUCAACCGAUUAAGUACAUAAUACAAUGUGCUAAUACAGUGUGCAGUUUUGUAAUAGCGUAUAAAUUGGUAAUUGGAAUGAGGCUCUGAUGAGUACCUACUCGACCUCUAAAGGACAUCCAAGCAAAUAUUGGCGAAAAGAGGGAUCGUCAGCAGUCUUAGGCAGGCUCUCGGGGAAAAAACUCAAAGCAUAGGUAUUGAGAUGAAAAAGGACAUGGUGUGAGAAAUUCCUGAUUCGGUCAUUUCGCAGCCCCAGUCUACAUUUAUGCGUUUUCAUGGAUUUAUUGAUGCAACCUCUACGCUAAUAUAUUAAACAUUAAGAUAAACUGACUACGGCUCUCGUCGGGAUAGUAGAUGAGGCUCUGCUCUCUCGGUCAGAUAACCUGGUCCAUAUACAGCACCUAGGCUUUCAUCUGUGUAGUAGGCAACAUGGAAAAACAACUACAGAGAUUAUGAAGUCACACAUCGGCUGGAGUUCGCGGCAAAUCGUCGUGUCGAACCCAGAGCCGAAGUGGAAGUUCGUACAGCCCAACACCUUCCUGAGAGGCGACGGCACGGUCGAGCUGAGGGAAUAUCCGGCGAGAAACGAGGGCAUCAUCCAAUCGUUUUUCGAGAGGGGACUUUGAAAUGGAACACGGGUUACGGGAUGGGGGUGGACACGGACGCGCUGGACUUUUGAAUUAAGGCACGGGUAGCGAACAGGGCUCGAUCCGGGGUACGUCCGGAUAG